AUGAAUGGUAGGAUGCUAGACAGGAUCCUACUCAGUACAGCAGAGAUAAGAGCUGUCAAUUCCGGAAAGAGAAAUGGCAAAUAUUUCUUUACGCAUUCGUUAGAACAAAGUAAAUUUGUUAUGAAAAAGUGUUUCAGGAAUCUUAUAAUUUCCAAGAAUUUUUUUUUUUUUGUUUUUAUCUUGCUACAUCUGUUCGUACAAAAUACGUCCAUUUCUGAUGAGAGGAACAUUUAUGGGAAAUUGCAACUGAGUUUUACAUAUUCAAGAAAAUUAGCGGAUAAAGGAAAAACUCCUCGUUCUAGGAGGGCUGCCGCUAAUGGAGUGAAAAAGAAUAAUGUGUCUGCACCUUCCUUGGAAGAGGGACAACAUCUGCAGAAUAAAGAAGAUGAGACAGGAGGAAGUGGUAAGGCGGGGGGAGACAGUGCUAAUGUAAAGGUCGAUAGCAGUGGUGAGGCAGAAACGAGGAGCGAUACGGCAACCCCCACUAGUAAUGCGACUACCUCGGAUAGUGACGUAACAGUCGUCAGCAGUGUAACAGCAGGAAAUAGGGACACCGAAACAGGGAGCGGAGAUUCGAGUACGUCCAGUGGGAAGGGGACUUCAUCAGAUGGUACCGAGAAAGUAAUGCGCAGUUGCUUGAAAAAGAGGAGUGGUACAAAAAAAGAAAAGCGAAAAGUACACUUUGCUGAUCCUUUGGUACAUGUAAAUAUAUUUUGUGUAGAUGAAUCUAUAUGGCCAUCAGACGAAGAAGAAGAAAUGGAAAACUACGAGAGCUACAUUAUAUGGAAAAAAAAAAAAAAAAAAAAAAGAAUCUUGCUUUUUAACUGCUGGAAACAGAGAACGUUAAAAAUAAAGGCAUGGGGUGCUAAAUGGAUGGGAAGGGGAACUGUGGAUCUAAAUAAAGCUACAGAGAGAAGCGUCGAGGAGGAAGAACCUGUAUAUGGCGUACUCCGAAGGACCGCUACUUUGGAUAACUUAAGUUUAUGA